AUGAAAGCCGUUGUCAAUUCAAUAGGAAGUGGUGAUUGUUUGCCCGAGUUCACAGCUGAUUUUGUCCUCCAUAUGUUUUCCCAUCAAGAAGCUCAACGGAAAAGUCCUACAUUGAGUGGGAGCCACUUGGAGACUAAAGAAAAGCCAACCUGGGCCACAUUUUCCAUACCAACCACUUUGACGAGCAUUUUGAAAAGUGCACGAUGGGCUCAUGGUAAACCCGGGUGUGAGUACAGUCUGAUUUCCGGGCCACCCACGAGAAAUGCUUCCAAAGUUAACGAGAGGUUCAUUAUGACGUUGAGAGAUCAAGACAUCUUUGUCCCACAAUUUCUCCGAAUGCAACUCUAUAGUCUAUUGAUUCCGGCCAAUUGCACGCCGAGCAUUGGAAUCGAAUUAGUCAACCUGACCAGUGUACGUCAUAGGACGCUCAGCGCCGACAGUACUCGCGAGCACUGUAGUGGUGUGCUAAUGGUGAUGGCGGUCGGCUACCAGAAUCCCUAUCAGCUCCAAUGGCAAGAUGACAUAGAAGCAAAUCCCAGAUAUCUAGACGAUCGUAUCAUUUGCAAUCAGUACGCUUUAAAUGUGACUGUUGAGGUGUUGGCGAUUGGGAAUGGAAAUCUCGCGAUCUGGGCCCUGCCCAAUCAGAAGACAGACAAUCAAACUGCAAUUCCUCUAAACAUCACAAAAAAGCUCAACUUUGAAGCAAAUGUGUCUGGAGUACAUGUGCAUUGGGAUCCGAUUGGCGACACAAAAGAUGGUCUAUCAUUUCUUCUAUUGCAAAUGUCGAAUUGGAAUUGGGAUAUUCCAUCGGAUCAAGCGAAUUAUCGAGGUCAUCCCCCACAACCGCCACCUUCAUCUGGUCUAGAGAGAACUCACCAACAUCCUCAACCCGUCCAUCAGCAAAAACAGGGUUACAUUCCCAACGUUCAAUCACAAGUGCCCCCAGGAACUCAAGUGGUCUAUAUUGAACGGCAAGCUCCAGCAGUUUCGCAAACGAAGUACUUAUGCACUCUGAUAGCCAUUUCAUCUUUCUUCCCGAUCGCAUGGCCUUACAUGGGACUCUAUCUGAUGGUGAAGGCUUGUCGAGGCGAUCUUGGAACUCAUCGAUGGAGUUACUUUGCUUGUGGACUCGCGCUGGUGACGCUCUUCACUGUCUUUCUCAUUCUAACCAUUGUACUCAUCGUUUUGGCUUUUAAAAACAAUGAUGAUGAUGAUUAC